AUGUCAAGUUCACCACCACACAUAAACGAUCAAUCACUCACAAACGAUACUGAUGUAAAAAGAAUAUUGGUAGAUGACGGGAGUGGCGCGUGUAUUAUCCAUCCUCGAGUCCUCGUGCAGAUGAGACUCGAAGAUAUAAUAAUGCAGCGCUGUAUAACGCUAACAGGUUUUAAUAAUGCAGUUGAACGGACUUCUGGAGAGAUAGUGCUACCCGUCCUAGCUGGAGGAGUCACCCUGGAAACGACAUUUCACGUCAUGAACCAGGAAACGACUUACAACGCCAUCAUAGGGCACUCGUGGAUACACGCCAUGCGAGCGAUCCCUUCCAGUCUCUAUCAAGUGAUCAAGUUUCCUACCCCAUGGGGAAUAUUCAGCAUUCGAGGGGAGCAACACACCGCACAAGAAUGCUAUCGUAUCGCCCAAGAUUGCGCGCACACCCAACAACUCAAAGGAGCAAAUGUGGAAGCAUAG